GGCUGUCUUCAGUUCAGAUGGUGGACUCUCCUCUCUCAGACAGGACGCAAGAGAAACAAGCCCUGAGAAUGGAGCUUCCCCAGAUGGAGUAUGUGAGGCGUCGCAGGUGUGACAGCGCAGGGAGAGGGGGGAGACUGUGCCGUAAAUGCGUUGUCCGGGGCCACCGGCCUCCACUCUGGCGACAGACAUGUCCUCCACCAAGCAGAAGGAUCUCACACAGACGCCCCUGCUCAAGAUCUGGGUGCCCUGGAUGGGAAGCCAGCUGAGUCGCAGGAGAGGCUCCUCGGUGCCCCAGUUCUGCAACUCCCCCACCAUGCUUGUAAUGGUGGGACUGCCAGCAAGAGGCAAGACCUACAUCUCCAAGAAGCUCACCCGCUACCUCAACUGGAUAGGAGUACCCACAAAAGUCUUCAACCUGGGCCAGUACCGCAGGGAAGCCGUCCAAAGCUACAAGAGCUUUGAGUUCUUCCUACCAGAAAACGAAGAGGCCAUGAGGAUUCGCAACGCUUGUGCUUCUGCGGCUCUGCAAGACCUGACAACCUAUUUUUCAAAGGAACAUGGACAAGUAGCCGUGUUUGAUGCCACCAACACCACCAGGGAGAGGAGAAGCGUCAUCGUCAGCUUCGCCAGGGAGAAGGGUUACAAGGUGUUUUUUGUGGAGUCGAUCUGUGAUGACCCGGACAUCAUUGCUGAGAACAUAAAGCAAGUGAAGAUCAGCAGUCCGGACUAUGAAGGUCGUGACAAAGACGAAGCAUUGACGGACUUCCUGCAACGCAUCGAGUGCUACAAGCAGACUUAUGUGCCUUUGGACGAUGAGAAGGACAGGCACCUUUCCUACAUCAAGAUCUACAAUGUGGGCAGCAGGUACCUGGUGAACAGAGUCCAGGACCACAUCCAGAGCAGGAUCGUGUACUACCUCAUGAAUAUUCACGUGACCCCGCGCUCCAUCUUCCUGAGCAGGCACGGGGAGAGUGAGCUCAACCUGCUGGGGCGCAUAGGAGGCGACUCGGGCCUCUCGCCCAGGGGUCAAAAUUAUGCAACAGCCUUGGCGGCCUUCAUCAAGGGUCAGAAGGUCAAGGAUCUGAAGGUGUGGACCAGCCAUAUGAAGAGGACCAUUCAGACAGCAGAGGCUUUAGGAGUGCCCUACGAGCAGUGGAAGGCCCUCAACGAGAUCGACGCAGGUGUGUGUGAAGAGUUAACCUACGAGGAGAUUCAGGGGAAAUUCCCAGAGGAGUUUGCACUCAGGGACCAGGACAAGUAUCGCUAUCGUUACCCCAAGGGUGAGUCAUAUGAGGACCUGGUCCAUCGCCUGGAGCCGGUGAUUAUGGAGCUGGAGAGGCAGGAGAAUGUGUUGGUGGUGUGUCACCAAGCAAUCAUGCGCUGCCUGCUGGCCUACUUCCUGGACAAACCUGCAGAUAAGUUGCCGUAUCUGAGAUGCCCUCUCCACUCUGUCCUCAAACUCACACCAAUAGCAUAUGGAUGUAAAGUGGAAUCCUGUUUCCUGAACGUUGAGGCGGUCAACACACACAGAGAAAGGCCUCCCGUUGUGGAUGUCAAUAGAAAACCAGAAGAAGCACUGACAACUGUUCCUGACCACAUAUGAAGAAUCUGGAAGCUGGACACUAGGACCAUGAAUGCAUGAUGUUGUAGUCUGUAUUGGCUCCAUGGCAGGAGGAGCUUAAGGGAAAGGAACCAUAUGGGAUGGUGGCAACCUAAACGCCAAGGGCUAAGGGAAACGCCAAACGUUUAGGGAAAUGUGCCUAAAAUGUGUCAAUGUGACUAUACAAGCCAUUUGGUCAAUCUAAUUGGACUGGAUUUAUUGAGGACAGUAAUGGGUUCACAAAGCUGUUGAAGAGAAAUAUGGAUAUGCAAUCAGAACAUGUGUACGUGAAGUGGAAAUUAUAAAACAAACAUCUGAAAUUGUAGAUGUAACUUUUCAUCGUUUACCACCAAGCAGUGUAGCUUGGAGAUUAACUAAGUAACUAUCAGCACCAUGGACAGCUCACAAACAAACAUUGUUUGAAAAUAAACUUCAAAAUUACUAUUUGAACAACUCUA